UCCACUAGCUGCUUGCUGCUGGGCUGUCGGACUCCGGGCUAUUUCAGCCCCCGCUUUGCGGACACCCUGGACUGGGGAGCAGCGAGGGGGGCCCUUACUCUAGAACGGGUUGCACAAAUCCCUACCGCGGUCUGCUUCCUAGCUCUUCUGUCCUAGGUGAGACCCUCGUGUUAGAUUUCUGGAAAUGGAGAUAAAUCAAGAGGCAAAUGGUUAAGACCGCAUGUAUGGGUUCAGGAAAAGAAACCUCUAAUUCUUAUUUAGAAUCCAUUCCUGUUGCUGGCAUGUGUUUUAAUUCUAUUCACUUGCACGUUCAUACCAUGGGAUGCUUUGCCGUGUCCUCUAAUUGUGCUGUUCUGGUCUCAUCUUUCCUUCCUGAAAACAAAGAUGAAGAGAAAGAGUACAAGUGGCAAGAAAUAGGGUGGGUUCGUGAGCUGUGCAUGAUUUUUUUUUUUUUUCAGAUUAAGAUGUAAAACUUUUAUAAGUCAUUGAUUUUAUGGGGGAAAAUCCCUAGAUUUUUCUUUAUAGAAUCUUAAAAUCCUCCUCAACUUGCAGCAUUGGAGCUGGAGGAAUGGAUGCGCUACAGGCGACCAUUCCAAGCUCUUGCUUUCCAAGCCCAUUCGGGAUCUUGCUAACAGUCCGAAUUUACCCUGCGAGUCUGUCAACUGACCUAAAGACUUGAAAACAGGAACCACCUUGCGGUUUAAUUGUGAAAAUUAACAUUUUACUCUAGCCGGCUGAACACUUAUGUGGUAAUAAAAAAUGAAUUGUUAGCCUUAUAAAUCUUGAGCUUGUCAAAUUUUACAACAGAUGAGCAAUAAAGCACCUUAGAAAAAAAUGUUUUCCCUCUAAAGAACAGUUGCAUUUCGAUACCAGAAUUUGCAGUGACUCAAGGACGCCCUCUAUUGAUAAAAUAAUUUAGAGCACUGUGUGUUUAAGAAACAGGAUACAGAGGUGGGGGAGAAGUGGCAGGGGGAGAAAUCAGAGAAAGUAAUGACAGCGAAAAGACCCCAUCUAAACUGAAUUUGAUCCUUAACUUUUGGUUAUGUGUUUGAAGUAUAAUCAAUAAAGUGGCAUGCUUCUUUCAUAGGGGUCGAAUUAAAUCUUGGGUUAAGGAAAAAGAAACAUCUUACUGUUAGUCUUUGUUAGCAAAAUACUUUGACUCAGAGUUGGUUACUUUUAAAAGAUGUUUACCAGUAUUUCACUAACUUUAGUUCAUUGAUUUAUGUAGCCAUUUCAAGAGAGUAAAUUUUUGGUCUCAUAGUAUUUACUCCACAAUACUAUCUAAAAAUCGUAUCAGAUAACUCCGCCUGCAAAAAGUCCUUUCUCCAGGCAACUCUGAAGCUAUUAUUAAGCAUAUUAUGGAUAUACACAAGGUUUGGAUUAUAUCUUGGGCAGGGAAAGGUGUGUUUACCACUUGAGUCAUCAUAGUAUGUAAUAGAUGAGUAAUGAAAAGUUACAGUAAAAAUAGAUAGGCAUCCUUCAUUAGGGACCUAGUGGUUUGUACAGUUCAUGAUGUGUCUGAUGAGUAAGCUGGAGUGAUCGAAGGUUUGCCCUCAAUUACCCUAGUCCAUUGAUUAGCACAUUGUAACGUGUGGAGUAUUAACGUGUCCGCGGUUGAUACGAAAUUACUAAUUAGAGAUUAUGAGUAGUGAACGGGUACAGCUGCAAACUGCAGUUUGGCUAUAAGUGAAUUUAAAAUGGCAGCCCUGAGCCCCUUGGAGGAAUGGCAAAGGCAAGAGUAGUCGAAGUAGCUCCUAGCCUUUGAAGCCAUUCUUGAGAUUAGAUACCACUUCACACCUACUGAUAACAAAUUGUAACCUAUCAUCAACCUCACAGCAUGCUUUCCUAUAACAACACUUGGCAACCUCUUUUCUGGCACACAAUUGGGUUUUUUCCCCUCAUCUUUGGAUCCAUCCAAGUGACAAAAGUAGAAAGUGACCUGCCAUUGAAUUAAUAUACUAAUAGACUACGAAAUUUUGUGGAAAAGCCACCGAGCAACAAGAAAUGAUGGCAUAAUUACUCUACACUGCUUUAAAAACUCACUAUCCCCAUUAAUCUAAUUACAUUGUAACCGAACACGUUGAAGUUCGCCCACUCUCAGACUCCUCCCCGCUGCUUUCAGGAAGGGAAAUGUCAGAGGAACAAUAAUGCCAGAGCCUCUAACAGCUGCCAGCCAAUUCCGCCGGGAGCUGGUGGGUAGCUUCCCAGCCCAUCGGAUCUGUUCCGGACCGCAGGUCACAUUCGGACUUCCAACGCCGCUGGGUGCUAGCUUUACCAAACGUCCGGAAAAGGCUCGGAACGCGGUUCCGCAGAUGUGAUUGGCUGCGAAGGGACCUGCCGCACGGCGUUCGGAGGAAGAAGAGGAAGCGAGGUGCGUCCCACGGUCCAUGCCGCAGCCACAGCCACGAACCCGACACGGCGCCCGCGCCGCCGCCCUCGCCGGAGCCCACGAGACCUGCAUGGACGGGCAUGGGCUUGAGAGCAGCACCUUCCUGCGCCGCUGCCGCCGCCUCCGCUGCUGCCGCCGGGGCUGAGCAGCGCCGCCGCCCCCAGCUCUGCCCGCCGCCCCUGGCGUUGCUGCUGUUGCUGCUGCUCAGCCUCGGGCUGCUCCACGCAGGUGACUGCCAGCAGCCGGCCCAGUGUCGAAUCCAGAAGUGCACCACGGACUUUGUGUCUCUGACUUCACACCUGAACUCUGCCGUCGACGGCUUUGACUCGGAGUUUUGCAAGGCCCUGCGCGCUUAUGCUGGCUGCACCCAGCGGACUUCGAAAGCCUGCCGCGGGAACCUGGUGUACCAUUCUGCUGUGUUGGGGAUCAGUGACCUCAUGAGCCAGAGGAACUGUUCUAAGGAUGGACCCACAUCCUCGACCAACCCUGAAGUGACCCACGACCCUUGUAACUAUCACAGCCACGCAGGAGCCAGAGAACACAGGGGCGGGGAUCUGAACCCUCCCAGUUACCUUUUUUGUGGCUUGUUCGGAGAUCCUCACCUGAGAACUUUCAAGGAUCACUUUCAGACGUGCAAAGUGGAAGGAGCCUGGCCGCUCAUAGAUAAUAACUAUCUUUCGGUUCAAGUGACGAAUGUGCCUGUGGUCCCUGGAUCCAGUGCUACCGCUACAAAUAAGAUAACCAUCAUCUUCAAAGCUCACCGGGAGUGUACAGAGCAGAAAGUGUACCAAGCUGUGACCGAUGACCUGCCGGCGGCCUUUGUGGAUGGCAGCACCAGCGGCGGGGCUGGCGACCCCAGGAGCCUGCUGAUCGUGGAGAGGGAGAGUGGCCGCUCCGUGGAGAUGCACGCCCGCUACAUCGGGACCACGGUGUUCGUGCGGCAGCUGGGCCGCUACCUGACGCUCGCCAUCCGCAUGCCCGAGGCCCUGGCCAUGUCCUACGAGGAAAGCCAGGACCUGCAGCUGUGUGUCAACGGCUGCCCCCUGAGCGAGCGCAUCGAUGACGGGCAGGGCCAGGUGUCUGCCAUCCUGGGGCCCAGCGCGCCUCGCACGGCUCUGGCACCGGCCUGGCCGGGCUACACCCUGGAGGCUGCCAGUGCUCAGUGCCACGAGAGGAUGCCCGUGAAGGACAUCUACUUCCAGUCCUGCGUCUUCGACCUGCUCACCACUGGGGACACCAACUUCACGGCCGCUGCGCACAGUGCCUUGGGGGACGUGGAGGCUCUGCACCCGCGCCGCGAGCGCUGGCACAUUUUCCCCAGCGGCAGCCAGGGGGCGCCCCACGGAGGCGGCCCCGGGGCUGUCACUCUCGGACUCCCAUGCUUGAUCCUCAUUGUGUUUUUGUAGGGGCGUCUUGUGUUUUUUUAUUUCUUGUCUAUAACAGAAUUUUAAAAUAUAUAUUGUCAUAAUAUAUUGAGUAAGAGUAUAUAUAUAUAUAUAUAUGUAUAUACCAUGUAUAUGACAGGGUGUGUGUCCGGGGGCCCCCACCAGAGUGUACAUAUUGUGUUCGACUGUCUUCGUGGAUGUUGGAUGUAGUGUUCUUUGAUUGUAUUGAUUUUGUUUUGCCGUUUUGUGAAAUAUUUUAUAACGUCCCUGCCUGGGGACCUGUUAGAAAGCACUUUAUUUUUUAUAUAUUAAAUAUUUAUGUGUGUA